AUGAACGUGAAGACAGUGCUCGUCCUGCUUGUUCUGGCUCUAGCCACGAUCUUUGCCUUAGUCUGUGUGCUGCUGACCAGAGGAAGGGCCCCCAGCCCGUGCCAGCACCAGCCCCCGGCGCAGGAGGACACCGGUGAUGGCCAGAGCCUGGUCUUUGCUGAUCUGACCCCCGAGGAGAUGGUGCAAGUGGUGCGGUACCUGCAGGGGCACCUCGGGGUGCAGCUGGUGGACGCCUCGCGUGCCAAGCCCUCUGACAGCUGCAUCGCCUCGCUGGACGUGCAGGUCCCUGCCAAGGCGGAGGUGCUGCGGUUCCUGGAUGAGGGGGGCGCUCGGCCCCCCCGGGAGGCGCUGGCUGUGCUGUACUUUGGGAACCAGCCGGACCCCAACGUCACCGAGUACGUGGUGGGUCCGCUGCCGACGCCGGCGUAUCACCGGGACAUCACGGUGCAGAAGUACGGGGGGAAGGUGCCCUACCACCGCAGACCCACACUGGCUGUGGAGUACAAACAGAUUGGAGGGUUUCUGAAAAGCCAGGUGUUCCCUGCAGCUCCAUCUUUCAUGAGCCAAGUCAUGGAGUAUGAUGGGACCAAUCUGGCCGCUGUGACAGCUGCUCCCCGUGGAUUCCAGUCUGGAGAUCGGAUCACCUGGUUUGUCAUGUUUCAGAACGUGAGCGGGUUCUUCCUGCACCCCGUGGGGCUGGAGGUUCUGGUGGACCACAGCAGCCUGGACAUGUCCCGGUGGGCGGUGAGCAAGGUCUUCUACAACGGGCAGUACUACACGGACAUGGUUCAGCUGGAGAGUGCCUAUGUGCAGGGUCGCAUCAGGGUGGAGAAGGCCUGGAGCUUUGCCUUUGGGAUGAGCGUGAACACGGGCCUGCGCUUGUUCGACAUCCGACACAAGGGGGAGAGGGUGGCCUACGAAAUCAGUGUCCAAGAGGCGUUGUCCGUGUACGGCUCCAACUGCCCCGGAGGGAUGUCCACCAGGUACAUGGAUGGGAGCUUUGGCAUCGGGCGCUACACCUCCCCCUUGGUGCGAGGGGUUGACUGCCCCUAUUUAGCGACGUACCUUGAUGUGCACUACCUGGCUCAUUCCCAGGUCCCUCAAGUUAGUAAAAAUGCCCUCUGCAUCUUUGAGCAGAACCUGGGCUCUCCUCUGAGGCGCCACUACUCCAACUUGCAGUCACUUUACUACGGGGGGCUGGUCAACUCUGCUCUGGUUGUUCGGUCCAUUACGACUGUGGGCAACUACGACUACGUGUGGGACUUCAUCUUCUACCAGAGUGGGGCCAUUGAAGGCAAGGUCCGGGCCACGGGCUAUGCGAGCUCAUCCUUCCUCCAUGGGGAUGGUCUGAGAUAUGGCAGUAGGGUUUGGGAGCACACGCUGGGUACAGUACACACCCAUUCCAUCAACUACAAAGUGGACUUGGACGUGGGAGGAGUUGAAAACUCCCUGGUGGCCCAUGAUAUGGUGUUUGAGAUGAUCCGGGCUCCCUGGAGGCCAGAGCAGCAGAUAGAGCGGCCACGACUCACCAAGAAAAUCCUGGACACAGAGGACCAGGCUGCCUUCCGGCUCCAGUCAAAGAUGCCCAGAUACAUCUACUUUGCGGCCAAUAGCAAGAACAAGUGGGGCCACCAGCGUGGUUACAGGAUCCAGAUCACCAGUUUUGCAGGCGACCAUGUCCCUGAAGCCAGCUCCAUGGAGAGGGCCAUCAGCUGGGCAAGGUACCAGCUGGCUGUCACCCGGCGGAAGGAGGAGGAGCCCACCAGCACCAGCAUCUACAACCAGAAUGACCCCUGGACACCAACUGUUGCCUUCGCCGACUUCAUCAACAACGAGACCAUCACCAACGAGGACCUGGUUGCCUGGAUAACUGCUGGUUUCCUUCACAUCCCACACUCUGAGGAUAUUCCUAACACUGUGACGGUGGGAAACUCGGUCGGCUUUCUCCUGAGACCCUACAACUACUAUGACCUGGACCCCUCCAUAUACUCUCAUGAUGGUGUAUUUUUCACCAGCGAGCAGGACUUCACGACAUGUGAAAUCAACCCUAUCGCAUGCCUGCCCAAAACUGCCUCUUGUUUGCCAAACUUCCUCCCAUUCACCUAUGAUGGCUUCCAGAACAUGAGCAGGCUUUAA